AUGGGAAAGAGAGUGGAUGAUCACAUAAGUGUAUCGGUACACUCAGUGGGCGGCACUUGGACACCGACUCACUCAAGAACAUGGAGAAACGAUAUCGUGGACGGAAACAGCAGGAGCAGGAGCUGGGCCUGGACUUGGGGUUUCCGUAAUCGGUUGUCUUCAGCAGACAGGACGACAAGCCAGGCCGUUACAGCAGCAACCAGGUCUGCAGAAAGGACGAUGCCGCUGGUCUUCAGCGCAAUUUGGUCAUUCAUCUGCCACAGCCUUUGGCCCAUGGUCAUACAAAUUUUCACGGCAAAAAAGCAGUGGACUGCACUCUUCCUGUUCCUCAGUUGCGCAGUGGUGCCCAUGGUCGUACUUGGUUACUUCACGCCUGAACCCUCUUUCGCCUUCGGAACGUGGCCUCCUUUUUAUAACGUUUUCGCGACCAAGACCAUGUCCUGUGACAACCGGGAUAUCGACUACUAUCCGGUCAACUCGACAAUCACAGGCAUCGAGGGGCUCUUUGUGCUCGACCAAACCUGGGGACGAUUCGCGUUCUCAACGGUCAAGACUAUCGAUGCUGCCUGGGAUAUCGUUUUCGGUCGGGGAGUGCAAUUGCUGGCCUGGUGGGCUGCAUACAUUGUCUUUUCCGAUGCUCUGUUACGCGUAAUCGAACGUCAUCCGGCGUCGUUUCGUAUCUUCCAGCGUAUUGCGUUGGAAGGCCCCAGCCUACUCUCACUAUGGACGCUAUGCAAGGAGGUGUUAUCUAUAAAGAGCAAACGCACGAAGUUACUGUUCACAUACAUGCUUCUUUCAACCAGCUACGUUCUCUGCAUCCCGGUGUUCCUCGGAGCAAUGACAGGUUACGACAGCACGGCUAUAGCCUGGAUCGACAUUGAUAACUCAAACGACAUUGUUCCCGCGUCUGCAAUGAAGCCAGCAUGGGUGAUAACCGGCACCAGAAACUCAACAUUUGACCACAAAGUCUGCUCAGACCCCGGCAAUGCCGAUAUUCAGUCACAAUACUUUUCUCCACGCGUAGACCACUGUUCUUGUCAAAUGCCGAAUGGGACCAUGGCGCCACCAGGUACCUUCCGAUACUAUGAAUCUUUCGCCUUGUCUGUUAGCACCUCUUCUCCGCUUGAAGAAGGGAUAAGUUGCAUGUUCAACUACCACGGUAGCGAUGGAACCUGGGAUGCGACUGAAUCGGAACAAAACGCCAGCCCAAAGGAAGUGAUCUAUAAUUGUAACGAGACUGUGACUUUGAGAGUCAACGAACAAACUUACGACAUUCAGAAUCUCAAUGGCACCCUCGCCCUCUGUUACAACAACGAAGCAUACGAUCAUUGGGCGCUACAAGGCAAGUCAAGGUGUCUUCCCGACACGGCCAAUCCCUCGUACCAAUGGGGGUUUUCGACGAUGCUGUCAGGCAUAUUUGUGUUCAUUCACUUCGGAUGGUGCGUGAGCAUGUAUAUUUUGUGGCUAGACGCGCAAAGCAAGUCUACUCUGAUCAAUGAGGGCUACAAAAUGACACCGCUUAGAGCAGCCUUCGCCAUCGUUAAAGCUGUGAAACACAAAACAGGUCUUGAAGAGGAACAGUUAGUCAGACACAAUACAAGAGCCCUGAACAAAGAGAUUUAUGGAUUCGGGAAAGAGAAGGGAACGAAUGUUGAAUACAGCAUAUUCGUAGCAAACGCUGAGGAAGAUGUGAAAGAUGGAAAAGCGACUAGGAGAAGAAGAGUCUUGGCGUAA